GUUUGUGCAUGCGCAUUAGUGUAAUAAGACCAGACCACUGUGUUUGAUCUGAGGCUUUAGAAGAAGUUACUUGUCAUUUCUUCAUUCUUAUUACAGUUACUGUCGUCAGUAAUAUAGCCGUUCGUACUGGUGUAACAUUAGAUAUGGCCCGGGGGCACCAGAAGUUCCAGUCCCAACAAAAAAAUGCCAAAAAGCAGGCGGACAUCAAGAAGAGCAAAGGACAUGACCAGAAGGCAGCAGCUAAAGUUGCUUUAGUAUACACGUGCACUGUGUGUCGGACACAAAUGCCAGACCCGAAGACCUUCAAGCAGCACUUUGAAAGCAAACAUCCAAAAUCCCCAGUGCCCCCAGAGUUAGCUGGCAUUGAGGCAUAAUGGGGCUGUUUCUCAGUUUGACACAUGAAGCUAAUGCAGGACAGGGAUUUAGUGUUUCAUAUUAAACAUCUUCACAACAACUAAAAGGUUGUUAUAUAAGGGUUUUCAGUCAGGAGUGGUGCCUGCAUAACUUGCCAUUUUUUUUAUUGUCUUGGUCCAACAUUUUUGUAAUACAAUCCAGGAUCAUAACC